AUGGAUCUCCUCCACUCUCUUACUAAUAAAGCCUUUUCAUUUCUCUUAUUCUCUUCCCUCCUUUUCCUCUCUUCUCCUGUCUUUGCCACUGAAGACAACAGUAAUGCCUUUUCAACCAAAGAGCAAUGCAUUGAAGACCACUUCUCUGCUUUGCUCCACUUGAAACAGAGCUUUACUUUCUCUGCUGUGUACACCAUGACUACACUGUCCUCUUGGAAUCCUGGUAACAGGGAUUGCUGCUCCUGGGAAGGCAUCACGUGCGAUGGUGCCACUGGUCACGUGACCAGUCUCGACCUCAGCGAUCUCUGUAUCUUCGGUCGGAUUGAUUUUGUAAGCCUCUUUCGUCUUCAGAGCUUGCAGAGGCUCAACCUCGCUUACAAUGACUUUGAUCCCUCUCAAUUUCCUUCUGGGUUUGAACAUCUCACCAGUUUGACCCAUCUCAACCUCUCUUCUUUGCAAUUUUAUGGCCAAAUCCCGCUGGAAAUCUCCCGCUUGACCACUUUGGUGUCCCUCGAUCUAUCUUACAAUGAAUGUUACGAUGGUUUGUACUCUCUGAAAUUCGAAAACCCGAACAUUGGAGCAUUCGUCCAAAACCUAUCGAGUCUGAGAGAACUCCAUCUCGAUUCGGUAAUCAUCUCAGCGCAGGGUAGCGAGUGGGGCAUGGCCUUAUCCUCGGCACUCCCUUUUCUCCGCAAGUUGAGCUUGAGAGGCUGUGGUCUUUCAGGCCCCAUCCAUCCUUCCCUUUCCAAGCUCCGUUUCCUAUCUGAACUCGACCUCAGUCGAAACGAUCUGUCUUCAGCCAUACCCAAGAGUAUUUUCAGGCUGCCAAACCUACAAACCCUGGAUGUAGGAUACAAUCCACUUCUGACGGGUGAAAUCCCUCCAAACAAUACUCUCCGGGAGUUGUUCCUAUCCAACACUGGAUUUUGUAGCAACCUACGGGAUUCAUUCAGUAAUUCCAAUCUGCUGACAAAGAUCCAGCUUAGAGAUUGCAAUCUAAAGGGCCAAUUUCCAUCAUGGCUUGUGAAGCUCGAGAAACUCAUGCAUUUGGAUCUUUCAAACAAUGGCUUCAGUGGACCAUUGCCAUCAUGGCUUAUGAAGCUCGAGAAACUCAUGCAUUUGGAUCUUUCAUACAAUGGCUUCAGUGGACCAUUGCCAUCAUGGCUUGUGAAGCUCGAGAAACUAAUGCAUUUGGAUCUUUCAUACAAUGGUUUCAGCGGACCAUUGCCAUCAUGGCUUGUGAAGCUCGAGAAACUCAUGCAUUUGGAUCUUUCAAACAAUGGUUUCAGUGGACCAUUGCCAUCAUGUCUUGUGAAGCUCGAGAAACUCAUGCAUUUGGAUCUUUCAAACAAUAGUUUCAGCGGACCAUUGCCAUCCUCUCUUGCCAACCUCAGCAACCUCGCUCAUUUGGAUCUUUCAUUCAAUGGUUUCAGCGGACCACUGCCAUCAUGGCUUGUGAAGCUGGACAAACUCGUGGUUUUGUAUCUUUUAUGCAAUAAUUUCAGCGGUCCAAUCCCUUCUUCCUAUGGCAACAAGUUUCAAAAUCUUCAAUCGUUCAUGCUUGUCCAAAAUUCACUAAGUGGGACUAUUCCAUCAUCAUUGUUUUCACUCCCAUCACUACAAAUGUUGGAUCUCUCAUAUAAUCAAUUUAGUGGUCAACUUGACCAGUUCCAAUACAAAUCCUCUUCAGUGCUACAUAGUAUUGAUUUGUCCGAGAAUUCACUCAGUGGGACCAUUCCAUCAUCAUUGUUUUCACUCCCAUCAUUACAAACACUGCAUCUCCAAGAUAACCAAUUUAGUGGUCUUGGACAAUUCCGAUACACAUCCUCUUCAGUGCUACAGAGCAUUGAUUUGUCCAACAAUUCACUCCGUGGGACCAUUCCAUCAUCAUUGUUUUCACUCCCAUCAUUACAAAUGCUGUAUCUCCAAGAUAACCAAUUUAGUGGUCAGCUUGGCGAGUUCCAGAACACAUCCUCUUCACAAUUAGGGACGAUUUACUUGAGUAACAACAGCUUGCAAGGGCCUAUUCCAAGAUCCAUCUUUGCACUCAUUGAGCUUUCUGACCUCACGCUUUCAUCAAACAAUUUCAGCGGUGAUGUGGACCUUGGCUUAUUCCAAAACCGUAAGUACGUCUGGAACCUUGAUCUUUCAGAUAACCACCUCCUCUCAGUCGGCAAUAGCAGAAGCAAUGCAACCUCCGGAUCCUUCCCCAAAAUUCGACAAUUGAUAUUAAGAUCUUGCAACAUCAGCAAAUUUCCAGAUAUCUUGAGAAGCCAAGAGGAGAUGGAAUAUUUGGACCUUUCCAAUAACAAAAUCAAUGGUGAAAUACCCAAUUGGAUAUGGAAGGUUGGAAAUGGGGAUUUGAAUUAUUUGAAUCUUUCUCAUAAUGCUUUGGAGGGAUUAGUGCCACCAAUUCACAAUCUUUCCAUAAGCAAGUUGCAAUUCCUUGACCUAAGCUUUAAUAAGCUAGAGGGCUCAAUCCCAAUCCCUCCGCUUUCCAUCAGAUUCUAUUCACUUUCUAGCAAUAAUUUUAGUGGAGAAGUUCCGCUGCUUUUUUGCAAUGCUCGAAUAGAAGUCCUCAUUCUGUCUGACAACCGCUUCAAUGGUUCAAUUCCACCAUGUCUAGGCGAAAACAACAUUGGCCUCACUGUUUUGAAUCUUGGAGGAAAUGCAUUUCAAGGCAUCUUGCCUAAAACAUUCAAAGAGCAAUGUACUCUAGAGACGAUCUUAGUCGAAAUCAGUUAG